ACUCUGCCUGAAGACAGAGAGAGAAGAGCACACUGUGACUUCGUUUGAACUGCACCAUUAUAAAUCAAUUGGCCUACAGUUACUUCGCGUUUCCAUUAGAUACGAGCUUUCUGUAUAGUGGUGUAUAUAUCGAAUGGAGAGCACUUAACCGAUUUGGCUGAACUUCGGAUCUCCUGUUCUCAUCUGCUCAUCCACUGACGGUUGGUUCCUCUGUUCUCAGUGGAAAGCUCGCUGCGGACUCGCGCCUGGUUUAGGGACCGCGUGAGAAUUGGUGAAACGCUCGAGAGAGAGACUUGCACCCGGUCAGGCUGAGUGAACAGGGGAGUUGUCCCGGGUCUCCCGCGCGUAUGGAGGGAGACGUAAUGGACAAGCUGGAUAGCAUGGCUGCGGUGUGUGACUUCGAUCCCAUUGCGGGAAAAAUCCCGGCAACCAAAGUGGAGAUCACAGUGUCAUGCAGGGAUCUAUUAGACAGAGACACAUUCUCCAAAUCUGAUCCAUUGGUGGUGUUGUACACUCAGGGGGUGGAGACCAAACAGUGGCGAGAGUUUGGGAGGACGGAGGUGAUUGACAAUACUCUGGAUCCAGACUUUGUCAGGAAGUACAUCUUGGACUACUUCUUUGAAGAGAAGCAGAAUCUCCGCUUUGACGUAUAUGACAUUGAUUCCAAAAGUCCAGAUCUGGCAAAGCAUGACUUCUUGGGGCAGGUGUUCUGUACCUUGGGAGAGAUUGUAGGAUCACCCGCCAGUCGACUGGAGAAACCUCUGGGUGGUAUCCUUGGGAAGAAAUGUGGCACCAUCAUCCUGUCAGCCGAGGAGUUGGGGAACUGCAGAGAAGUUGCCACCAUGCAGUUCUGUGCCCACAAGUUGGACAAGAAGGACUUCUUUGGGAAGUCAGACCCCUUUAUGGUGUUCUAUAGGAGUAAUGAAGAUGGGACGUGUACUAUUUGCCAUAAGACAGAGGUUGUGAAGAACACUUUGAACCCAGUUUGGCAGGCCAUCUCCAUCCCUGUCAGAGCACUCUGCAAUGGAGACUUCGAUAGGACAAUCAAGGCAGAGGUGUACGACUGGGACAGAGAUGGAAGCCAUGACUUCAUCGGUGAAUUCACCACCAGCUACCGAGACCUGUCCCGGGGCCAGAGCCAGUUCAAUGUGUACGAGGUGGUGAACGCCAAGAAGAAGUUCAAGAAGAAGAGAUACAUCAACUCUGGGACGGUGACUUUGCUGUCUUUCACGGUGGAGUCAGAACACACCUUCCUGGACUACAUCAAAGGAGGAACCCAGAUUCACUUCACGGUGGCCAUUGAUUUCACUGCAUCCAAUGGUAACCCAUCCCAGUCCACCUCUCUACACUACAUGAACCCGUACCAGAUGAAUGCAUACGCCAUGGCCCUGAAGGCUGUAGGAGAGAUCAUUCAGGACUAUGACAGUGAUAAGAUGUUCCCUGCUCUGGGGUUCGGAGCCAAGCUGCCCCCUGAUGGACAAGUCUCCCAUGAGUUCCCCUUGAAUGGCAACAUAGAGAACCCCUACUGCAACGGAAUGGAGGGGAUUCUAGAAGCAUACCAUCAGAGUCUAAAGACUGUACAACUCUACGGACCAACCAACUUCGCUCCGGUUGUCAACCACGUGGCAAAGUACGCAGCGGCCGUACAAGACGGUUCUCAGUACUUUGUCCUGCUCAUCAUCACAGACGGAGUCAUAUCAGACAUGGCCCAGACCAAGGAGGCCAUUGUCAACGCUGCUAAGCUUCCAAUGUCUAUCAUCAUUGUUGGAGUCGGCCAAGCUGAGUUUGAUGCCAUGGUGGAGCUUGACGGUGAUGACAUCAGAAUCUCCUCGCGAGGGAAGCUGGCAGAGAGAGACAUUGUACAGUUUGUUCCGUUCAGAGACUACAUGGACCGGACAGGAAACCACGUGUUGAGUAUGGCCCGGCUAGCCAAGGACGUCCUGGCUGAGAUUCCUGAACAGCUCAUCCUCUACAUGAAGAGUAGAGGCAUCAAACCCUGCCUCCUGCCUCCACUCAAUGAGGAACCAGGCCCUGAAGACCAGGACCACGCCCAGACCACCCCUGUCUGAGCCCCAGACCUACCCCCAUCUGAGGCGCCUACCCUGGGGAAGGAGGUCACGGUAGGAUGGGUGGUAGACUGGAUGGUGGACCCCCCUCAUGGAGGGAUGCAAAACGUAAAUGUGAAAAUGCUUUCAAGGCACUUUUUUUUUCUCAUGCUGAACAAAUUGACAAGACUCCAUUUUGUUUGGAGUCGAGACUGUUUUGAGGAAAAAAGCUGAAGAUCAGGGAGUUUUCCUUUUGAGUUUCAUCUCCUGACGGAAGGGCAACGAGGGGGAUGAGAAUUGGAGAGUCACAGAAGGAGGAGUAGAGAGGAGAAAAACAGAGCAGUGACGGAAACUAAUGUUAGACGUUGGCAGUCAGAGCUGUCAAAGUGGCGACGUAACAGGUAGCAUGUUUUAGACGGAGAGGGUGUUUUUGAGGACAUUAAUUAUUAGAAUGUGCCAGUUUGCAUCACGUUUGUGUAUAUGAUACAUUUUAGAGUGGUGGUGUAUGUUGGACUAAGGAAUCACCAGUAUAAUGUCGUAUCUAUUGUAAGAAACUACAGCAUUUAUUCAUGUUGGGGAUAAUAUUUUUUCUUCAUAUUUUCCCAUCACACUUUUUUGGAGGGAGGAGGGGGAUCAAUGCUAUAAAUUAUUGUUAAUUUAUACUUUGAAGAGUACUGUAAUAUAAAGCAUGUGGUAGAUAGAAACUAUCCAACUGUUUAGGAAUAGUUGUAAAAGAUCAAGAUGAAUGCUUUCACAUGUUGGAUUGUGACAGUUACACAGAUGAUCGGAUGUUUGUAUGAUCGUUUAACUUCAUGCACCCUGUACAAGACAUACUUACCCUAUAUAUUUACAAUAGGUAUCAAUGCACUAACAGUCCAAAUCAAAAAGCACAAAGGUCAUAUACAAUACAUAUACUGAUCAAGUGAAAUAUAUACCACAAUUCUAUACUAGCGACCAACAGCUACCCCUCAAAGACAAUGGAAAGGAUUGCACAGCAACAAAAUGAAAUGUCUUCCAGUUCUAGAACGUUGUCAUGAAUGAGAAUGAAUCUAGAAUCUAGUUACUUCACAUUCUGCGUUAUUAUUGUUUACACAUCUGCUCGUGCACGACCAGAGCCACAUCUUCAAAAGGCAUAGUCGUCUAGCUUAGCUGCAUUCACACGUAUAUUGGUUGGUAUAAUCCUUCUCGUAUGAUGUUGUUGAUUCUGUUUGAUUAUUUCUUUAACCUCUGCACACCGUGCCAUGGAAAUUCUUAGUGGAUAUAGAGCACAGAGAAGGCAACAGAUGUUGAUGAAACAACUUUUGAGAAGUGUGAUGUCAACUACAUUCAUUAAUUUGUUGGAAUAUAUUUUUUUUUAAUUCACCGAGAAAAUCAAACAAUGAGAGAAAUACUUUCAGCCCCACAUAAUAUAAUCAAAUCAAAUCAAAUUUGUCACAUGCUCCGAAUAAAACAGGUGUACAACACUGAACACUGAAUACAACACUGAAAUGCUUACUUAUAAGCCUUUAACCAACAAUGCAGUUUUAAGAAAAAUAAGAGUUAUUAAGAGAGUAUUUAAUAAAAUAAACUGAAGUCAAAAAAUAUAUAUCGGAUAAGUACUGUAGCCUAUGCCAUUUUAUACUUUAUCUUUUGCAGAUUGCAUAUUCAUUGCGUUUCUAUCAUGCUGACCACACCACUCGCAUUACGUGCGCGAGCAUUGCAAAAUAAAUGUAUGCACACAUGGUAUUCAAGCCUUGCAUCCAAAAUACUCAAACCCGUCAAUGAGCUUCUGCGUAGCCAGGCUUUAAAAAUAGAACUUGGUUCUAUUUGUGAAGCUUGAUGCGCUGCAAGUCCCGCCUCUCCCAUCUCCUCAUUGGUUUUUAGGAGCAUAUACCCAUGUGGGUGAUUGAAAGAUGAACUGAGGUCCACACUCCAGUCCAGUUGGUGGAGGUAAUGCACCUUAAAGUUGGUUGCCAACCGCCAUAUUAAGUCCAAAGAAGAACAAGAGGCCUGAAGGAGGAGAGAUUACUAGAAACAAACUAGAUUUACCCUUUUAUCUGUGGAUUAAUUGUUGGAGUAGAGGACCUUGUUCAUUUCAGGAAAAAGAACAAUCCAAUGUUUAUAUCCCAGGACAAAUUAGUUAGCAACAGCAAGCUAGCUAGCUAAAUUGCUAUGAAUGUUUAAUGCUUUUCAAACUGUCCCCAAAUUAAUAUAGUUGGUUCAAACUUCGUUUUGAUAUUUCAAACUGUGUGUCAUGAUCGCGUCUGGUGUGGAUGGACAAGAUCAACAUGCGCGAUGGCGUACUCGGACGCGCGUGCCCGGUCUAGUCAGCAUGCAAGGAGUCAUUUAAAUGGAGUCAAUAUAAAAAGUAACUGCAUAAAGAGCAGUUGAUACAGUGUACAAUCUAUUUUACUCACUUCAUCUGGACUACUGAUAGAGUUCAAACCUGCUGCCAGGGAUGUAUUGCCAUCUUUAAUUUAAGUUGUUGAUAUAUAUGUGACCGACUGGGGUUCAAAUCUGGGUUUCCUACACACCACAAGACUGUGUUAGCCCGCUGAGAUAAAGCAGUUAGCUCAAGUAGCCAACGCAAGUCUUCAAGUUUCGGACAAGGUUACUCAUCGUGUGUGCGUUGUUCCAAAACACAUUUUACGUUUUUGUCAUUUAGCAGACGCUCAAGAGCAAUUAGGGUUAAGUGCCUUGCUCAAGGGCACAUUGACAGCUUUUUCACCUAGUCGGCUUGGGGAUUCGAUUCCAGCGUCCUUUAGGUCUCUGCCCCAACGUUCUUAACUGCUAGGCUACCUGCCUCCCUGUUAUAUCUAGCCACGUUUAAGUUGUUGAUGUAGUUCCACGUUUAAGUUGUUGAUGUAGUUCCACGUUUAAGUUGUUGAUGUAGUUCCAUGUUUAAGUUGUUGAUGUAGUUCCACGUUUAAGUUGUUGAUGUAGUUCUAUGUUUAAGUUGUUGAUGUAGUGCCACGUUUAAGUUGUUGAUAUAGUUCCAUGUUUAAGUUGUUGAUGUAGUGCCACGUUUAAGUUGUUGAUGUAGUUCCACGUUUAAGUUGUUGAUGUAGUUCCACGUUUAAAUUGUUGAUGUAGUUCCAUGUUUAAGUUGUUGAUGUAGUUCCACGUUUAAGUUGUUGAUGUAGUUCCACGUUUAAGUUGUUGAUGUAGUGCCAUGUUUAAGUUGUUGAUGUAGUGCCAUUUUGAAGGAAUAGUUUCUUGAGCACACAACGGAGCAGCACUGUCUCUGUCUUUUCCGUCCCGUAGACACACCAGAAGGUUAAUAUGUCUACAUUAUUGUCUUUUCUACAGUGGAACGACGUGUUUAGUUUCCUCUUCAAUGUGUUUAAAACAAACAUGAAAUUGCCACUAUGCCAAUGCAGUCCUACAAUAUACAGCCCUAAGUGGUGCGUUCAGCAAGCCCAUUAUUUAGUCACAGAUAGAUCACAGUAAUCCAAGCCCAUUAUUUACUCACAGAUAGAUCACAGUAAUCCAAGCCCAUUAUUUACUCACAGAUAGAUCACAGUAAUCCAAGCCCAUUAUUUACUCACAGAUAGAUCACAGUAAUCCCAUAUCUCUAUCCAAAUGUGCCUAUAGUAUCGAAACUCUUGCAUAUCCUGAUUAGAUUUCCCUUAUGUUAUUUCGUGAGCACCAGUUCCCUUCCUAUGUUUUAUUAUUGAACAUAUGAUUCCCAAUGCCUAGAAUGAUAAAUGUUUCAUAUGUACAGUAUAGCCAAUUGAACACACAAAAAAAGAUUUACUAAGUAUUAUCAUUGUAUCUGCAACAACAUACUUACUGUAUGUUCCUUAAAGUUUGCUAUUACACUUUCGUAUUGAAUGAGAACAAUUGCACGCAUCAAAUCUAUUUUACAAAUGUAGUGACAGUAUACUGCAUGUAUGGCAAAAAAAGUCAACACUUGUUUACAAUUUAAGAUGUAGGAUCUUAAUUUGAGCCAGUUUGCUACUGCAAUGAAAAUAAUCAUGCAGCAACAGGAAAUGUGAAUUAAUAUGUGGAUUCUAAUAUACUUCUAGGGGAUGAUACAUUUUUCAUCAAGACUUCAGAAGCCUUUUUAAACCGCAAACGUUCUCCUGCAACAGGGCGAUCAAAUUAAGAUCCCACCUGUAUAUUUACAUUGCCUCGAGGUAUGAGCAAAUAUUCAUACUAAAGAAAGGAUGUUAUCUUUAUGUAAAGUUUGUUUUGAAUCUGUUCACUUAUUUGUUCUCAUUUAUUUUAGUUGUGAGGGAAAGUGAAGGUUGGUUAUAUUCCCCCCAUGUACAUAGACACUGUGAUUUAGAAAAUACAUGACUAAUAGUUAAUGAAAGUGAGGGUUUAUAGUUAUUUUGUAAUAAUAUUUGGUUAAAAUAUUUUUGUGUAUGGUUAGCAAAGCAAAUGAGAGAGAUUAUGCGUUUCAAAAUAACCUUAAAAAGGAUCUCCACUGGAGUCUGAAAUAUUAACAUAAGCCCCACAUGAAGACGACUUGGUAGCCAAAAGAUGUUCAGUUUGAAAUGAACCUCUUAGAUAAUGUGCAUGUUUGUGCCAAAAUGGCAACAAGUCUGGUGGUCCCUGCUCCUCAACUCACCUUACUGAUGGCCUGUGAUAGGCAGGGACUCCCUGAGUGAGCCAUUUGUUGUGUAUGUGACGAUGAGGAUGAUACUGUAUCUACAAUAGAAACAGCAGACACGUAGCAUGUUGCAUCCAUGUUUUUCCCUCAUAUUUAGUUCCUUAAAUAGGUCAUGUUUUUGCUUCCCCCGGUCGCUAUUUAAACCAUGACCUAGGGUGUUUACAGCCUAGAAAUAGAAUGACAUGUCAUUCUAUGCCAUUGUAUAUCUAUGCUUUACAGUGUGUACCUCCCUCUUGUUCUCUGGUUUGCAUGCUGAUAAUGAAGAAUUAUUUUCCAAACCAGACAUUGGACAUAAUUGUCGUCAUUUCUGUGGUUUGUGAAAUGCUUUGUAAUGGAUUGCCUUAAUAAAGUGACUGAAGAUUAAUGAAAUAAUGA